AUGGCAGACGAGAACCCCGACCGCAUCCUCUCUGAGCCUCCGGACUCAUCAAAUACCCAACGCGACGGGACUGGAAGCACCGGGACACCACCACCACCACCCAAUGUCACGGCUACUACCACUGCCAGCACUGGCGACGACGUGUCUCCUGUCAAUGGCGACUCGAGCACCGAUUCUGCGCCCCCGCCAGCUGUCGAUCCAAAUGCAAAGGCCGUACACGAAGUCGUCAACUCGGAAAUUGGAAUAUCGACCCUCUUGAAUCGUCUCAAGCAGAGCAUAGCUUCCGCAAAAGAGUUUGCUACGUUUCUGAAGAAGCGUGCAGCCCUUGAGGAUGAACAUUCGAACGGGAUGAAGAAGCUUUGCAGGGUUACAGCGGAGAGCAUUCGGAGACCAGACCACCGGCAUGGCUCAUUUCUACAAUCUUAUGAAGAGGUCAUGACGAUUCAUGAGCGCAUGUCAGAUAACGGGGCACAGUUCGCAAUUUCUUUGCACCAGAUGCACGACGACCUGGGGGAGAUAGCCACGAACAUGGAGCGGGGACGCAAGCAGUGGAAGACGACUGGCUUGACAGCUGAACAACGAGCUGCCGACGCAGAGGCAGCUAUGAAAAAAUCCAAAGCCAAGUAUGACUCGUUGGCUGAGGACUAUGAUAGAGCCAAAACUGGGGACCGUCAACAGACCAAGAAGUUUGGCUUGAAAGGGCCGAAGUCUUCGGCACAGGUUGAAGAAGACCUAUACCGGAAGUUAAAGGCUGCAGAUGAGGACUAUGCGUCAAAAGUGCAAACGGCACAGAAUCUGAGGUCGGAAUUACUGGCAAAGACAAGGCCUGAGACUGUGAAAGCCCUCGAGGACUUGAUCAAUGAAUGCGACUCGGCGUUGACACUUCAAAUGCAGAAGUUUGCAUCAUUCAACGAGAAGCUCCUUCUCAGCAAUGGACUCAAUAUCAGCCCACUCAAGGGAAAUGAGUCCAUCAGCAAACCUCGUAGUCUUCGGGAAGUUGUCCAUGCUAUCGACAACGAGAAAGACCUUAGUAAAUAUAUUAGCGGCUUCGCCAGCCAGGUACCUCCUCGGACCUCGGAGAUUAAAUAUGAAAAAAAUCCGGUGUUGAACAACCCAGCGCCAGCCCAACGUCAUUCAGAUACUACCGCGUCUUCUAGAUCGCAACAACAAGGCCUACCACCCCAGUCUAUGGGAGUGACUCAGUCAUCACAGCAGACACACAUGAGCCACCCGUUCAACCAGCAUCCGCCCACGCCUGCACAAGGACCUAAUUCUUCAAUGCAGCAGUACGGUACAGCACCGCCUGGAGGCCCAAUUCGUGGUACAUCCUAUGGUUCUGGCCCUAUGGGCUCCAGUGGUCCCCCCCAGCUAUCUUCUCUCCCAUUCCAAAACUCGCCACCUCCUUCCCAGCACCAGUCCUAUCACCCGUCUGCUGUAGCUACUCAAGCCCCUUACUCCGGACCUCCUCCCACUCUCAGUAUAGUCAAUCUACCACCACUAAAGCCGGUCUUCGGUUUGAGCCUGGAGCAGCUGUUUGAUAGAGAUGGGUCGGCAGUACCUAUGGUCGUAUACCAGUGUAUACAAGCCGUGGAUCUUUUUGGACUAGAGGUCGAGGGCAUCUACCGACUUUCUGGAACUUCUUCACAUGUAUCCAAGAUCAAGGCACUGUUCGAUAAUGAUGCCUCAAAGGUAGACUUCCGCGACCCUGCAAACUUCUUCCACGACGUGAACAGUGUUGCUGGUCUUUUAAAGCAGUUCUUUCGUGAUCUUCCUGAUCCACUGUUAACUGCUGAGCACUAUGCCGGUUUCAUCGAAGCUGCCAAAAAUGAAGAUGACAUAGUUCGCCGCGACUCGUUACACGCCAUUAUCAACAGUCUUCCGGACCCCAACUAUGCGACGCUUCGCGCACUGACAUUGCAUCUCAACCGUGUCCAGCAGAACUCGCCUGUAAAUCGGAUGAACGCUAGCAAUUUGGCCAUCGUCUUCGGACCUACUCUUAUGGGUGCAAGCACUGGACCGAAUAUCCAAGAUGCAGGCUGGCAAGUUAGGGUCAUCGAUACGAUACUUCAAAACACCUACCAGAUCUUCGAUGAUGACUGA